UUAACACUUGAAAGCUAAAACCCAAAAACAAUGGCAAAUGAACAAGACAGGAUUUUUACAUGGAAAGACAGGGAAAUCAGUCAGAGAAAAAGAAGUGAAUAAAAAAAAAAAACCUGCAAAUAAAGGAAAGGGGAAAAGAGAAGGGGGCCUCGUGGUUCUACUUUUUGUUCUUUACCCCUUUUUUACACAACCAAUCUCUCAGUCUCUCUUGCUUGUAUAAGCAAAGAUUUCUCCCCUCUCCCACUCUUUCUCUCUCCGUAUUUUUUGUGCAGAGAGCCCCCUCCUCUCUCCCUGUUUUUUACCUCACCAACAAAUUAAAUAUCCUCUUCUUAUAAAUACCCGCUUUUUUUCUCUAUCUUUUCUUCAUUUUAAGGGUGUGUUUGUGUUUGGGAGGUGAGAAAUAUCAAAGAAACAUAGGGAGCGAGGGAGACAAGAGAAAGGGAUUUGUUUUGCUUGCCUGGUGGUGCUGUAUCUUUCUCUUUACUUACAAGGUAUAAAGAGAGGGAGGAAUAAGAUUGACUAGAUAUAGAAAUAGAUAGGUAGAUAGAUUAUACAUAAAAACAAUAGACAAUGUCGGCUCACAGAGACACAGAUCCCCGUAUCCAUGGCAUUCAAUCCAAGAUUCGUGUUGUCCCCAAUUUCCCCAAACCAGGUAUAAUGUUUCAGGACAUAACUACGCUGUUACUGGAUCCUAAAGCAUUCAAGGACACAGUGGAUUUGUUCGUAGAGAGAUACAAAGGGAAGGAUAUUUCAGUUGUUGCAGGUAUAGAAGCUCGGGGUUUUAUUUUUGGUCCUCCCAUUGCAUUGGAAAUUGGAGCAAAGUUUGUACCUUUAAGAAAACCAAAGAAGUUGCCUGGUAAAGUUAUCUCAGAAGAGUAUGUACUGGAAUAUGGAAGGGAUUGUCUUGAGAUGCAUGUUGGAGCUGUUGAACCUGGUGAGCGGGCCUUGGUUGUUGAUGACCUGAUAGCAACUGGAGGCACUCUUUGUGCUGCUAUGAAAUUACUGGAACGGGUUGGAGCAGAUGUAGUUGAAUGUGCUUGUGUAAUCGAGUUACCUGAUUUAAAGGGUCGAGAACGCUUGAAUGGCAAGCCAUUAUAUGUGCUUGUGGAGUCCCAUUGAUCCUUGCUGAUGAUACAGUUUGCUCGAAACGGUGCUAGCAUAACGAGAUGUACAUUAGAGUACACCAUCGAUCGCUACCUUUCGUCUGGAAUCUACUUCUGGUUUUUUACCUGAACUCUCUUCAUACAUUAGUAAAUUUUGAUAGGCCUUGGGAUUGAGACCUUUGUUUCAACUAGCAGCACAGAAUCAAUGAAUUUAUGCGAAUGCUUGUAAGAUUUUUCUUUCUUUUUUUAAUUUAAGAAAUGAAUUAUAUAAAUCCAUUCUGCCUUUCUGUGAAUAUAUUGUUUGUCAUGAUGGA